AUGGAGCAGAUAAGCGAGCAAAAGAUACCUAUGAGUAUGUUGCUUCUGAGAUCGAAAGUUUUGGUGGUGGUCCUUCUGCCUGUAUUACUGGAUGGAGCCCGUAUCCUCGGCUUGUUUCCCAUACCCAGCCACUCGCACUACUAUCACGCCUUACCUUAUCUUAAGAAAUUGGCAUCUUUGGGCCAUGAAAUAACUUCUGUAAGCCCAUUUCCAUUGAAAGAACCUGUGAGUAAUAUACACGAUAUCCCCGUUCCGGAAUUGUUUGACAACAUAGAGGAAAUUGUUGGCAAUUUAACCAACCGAAAGGGCACAUGGAAUGAAUACGAAUAUAUCAACAAGUAUACCCUGACUCUUGUAAAGAAAGUGCUAGAAAAUGACGGAGUGCGUCGCGAGAUUUUGCAGCCAGGAAAUGUUCAGUUUGAUCUGAUUAUUGUGGACCUUUGGCGGCUGGAUGCUCUUUAUGGUUUUGCGGCCCAUUUCGAUGCCCCAAUAAUUGGAAUUGCUUCCUUUGGAACUGAUUGGAAGAUUGACGAACUAGUGGGCAACGUUUCACCAUUGUCAUACCUGCAGUCUCCCUCUUUUAACUGGUUUGAUCUUGAUUCUUAUGGAGGACGUGUGGCACACUUUGUUGAUCAGUCCCUAGCUUGGAUUAACUGGCACUGGCGGCACGAGGAAAAGCACGAGGCACUCUACAGGGAGUACUUUCCAAGAAUUGCCGAUAAACGUCCUCUGUCCGAGAUAACACGAAAUUUCGCCGUGAUUUUGGUUAACCAACACUUUACGCUGGCUCCACCACGUCCAUAUGCUCCGAAUGUUAUUGAAGUCGGGGGAAUGCAUAUUAAUCAAGAGCCUAAAGCUUUACCGCAGGACUUGGAGGACUUUAUCCAAGGAGCUGGUGAGCAUGGAGUAAUUUACUUUUCGCUUGGCACCAAUGUUAGAAGUAAAAAUCUGGCCGAGGAUCGCAGACGAAUAUUGAUUGACACGUUUGGCAGUCUGCCACAGCGCAUCUUGUGGAAAUUCGAAGCUGAUGAGCUGUCGGAUAUACCCUCAAAUGUUCUAAUUAGCUCAUGGUUUCCGCAGCAGGAUAUUCUGGCUCAUCCAAAGGUAAAGCUGUUUAUCACUCACGGAGGCUUACAGAGCACAGUCGAAUGUAUUCACCAUGGUAAACCGAUGCUGGGAUUGCCCUUCUUCUACGAUCAGUUCAGAAAUAUGGAACACAUCAAAGCACUGGGCAUUGGUUUAGUUCUAAACUAUAAGGAUAUGACAAGCGAUGAGUUUAAGGACAGCAUUCUUCGGUUACUGACAGAGAAAAGUUUUGAUGUCACGGCAAGAACAACAUCAGGCAGAUAUCUGGAUCAACCCAUGAAUCCUUUGGAUACGGCGAUCUGGUGGACUCACUACGUCCUACGUCACAAGGGAGCCCCAUAUAUGCGGGUUGCGGGCAGGGAUUUGGACUUUAUUACUUAUCACAGUUUGGAUGUCUUGGGUACUUUUCUCCUUGGCUUUUUGGUAACCUUGGGCAUUGUUGUCUUCUGUGUAAUUAAACUGUUAAAUACUAUCCUAAAUAGUAAAAAAACAAAUAGGUCAUCUAAGCAGAAAAUAAAUUAA